CUAGCCGUAUCAAUAACAAACAGUACACGUUUACAGAUUGUAGUUGGUAAGAUAACAUUUUCGUCUAUUCAUAGAAGACAAGGAAUAACUAUAAUGUUUAUGUAAAUAGUGUUUUCUGGUUCAUGAAGUGAAAAGGUGAGAGAGGUUACCUCUUGACAUGGAGUAACGUGAAAUCAGAUGCAUGCAACAUGCAUGAAGUCGGAUUCCAAUCAGCUUUUGCUUGUCUCGGAAGGAGUAUCAGAAUCUGACGCUAAGCUUUAAAACGAGGUAGCAUUAGCUUGACAUCAGUUGGGAAGCCAAACGACGACAUCAGGGUGCAUGACUUACUCGAUUAUUCUGAUGUUGACACUUACGUGACAUUUAUUCAUAAACCUGCCGAUGGAGAACAGAACAUGCGAAGCACAACGCAGCCAAGGUCCAAGUACGUCAGGUGUUCGCAAGCGCAAGGCAAGCAAAGGGGCUUUGGACCAGAGCACCGGCGACAGUAAUGGUACCGUGGAUGUGUCCGGACGUCUGUCCGCAAACGGGACCUCACAGCAAUGGCUCCAGAGAGGAACACACUGUCCAAAUGGGCAAAGAGAGAGAAAUGUGUAUCCACUAAUUCUAGUGAUCCUACUGUCAUUUUCCACAAGACUAUAUAAAAUCUUGGAACCACCUCACAUAUGUUGGGAUGAAACACACUUUGGAAAAAUGGGAAGCUAUUACAUUAACAGAACUUUCUUCUUUGAUGUUCACCCUCCUCUCGGCAAAAUGCUGAUCGGUUUAGCUGGCUACCUCACAGGCUACGAUGGCACCUUCCCUUUCAUCAAACCAGGAGACAAAUAUGAGCAUCACAACUACUGGGGGAUGAGAGGAUUUUGCGCAGCCCUUGGGUCUUGUCUGCCUCCGUUUGCCUUUGUUGUGGUUCAGGAGAUUUCUGGCUCUUCAUCAGCUGCCCUUAUCACAUCUGGACUUCUCAUCUUCGACACAGGCUUCAUCACUCUCUCUCAGUACAUUCUCCUGGACCCUAUCCUCCUGUUCUUCAUCAUGGCCUCCGUGCUCAGCAUGGUGAAGUUCCACGCACACAGGCUCAGGCCUUUCAGCGUUUCCUGGUGGUGUUGGCUGCUCCUGACUGGGGUGAACCUGUCGGGUGCUCUGGGGGUGAAGUUUGUGGGGCUUUUCAUAAUCCUUCUGGUUGGGAUUAAAACUGCCUUAGAUCUGUGGAACCUACUGGGAGACCUCACACUCUCUCUGGUGGAUUUUGGGAAGCACUUCCUUGCCAGGGUUUUUGGCCUGAUCCUGCUGCCCCUGCUCCUGUAUAUCACCAUAUUUGCUGUCCACUUCGUCAUCCUCAACAAGAGUGGUCCAGGAGAUGGCUUCUUCAGCUCCUCCUUCCAGUCCAGACUCCUCGGAAACAACUUGCACAACGCCUCCAUGCCAGAGUACCUGGCGUACGGUUCCUCAGUGACCGUGAAGAACCUGCGCAUCGCUGGGGGGUACCUGCACUCCCACUGGCACCUCUACCCAGAGGGGGUCGGAGCGCACCAGCAGCAGGUGACUGCCUACCUCCAUAAGGACUAUAACAACCUCUGGAUGGUGAAGAAACAGCAUCACACUGAUGAUCCUAUAGGAGAAACUCCUGACCUUGUCCGGCAUGGUGACGUCAUUCGACUGGAGCACAAAGAAACCACUAGGAACCUCCACAGCCACCUGCAUGAGGCUCCCCUGACGAAAAAGCACCUGCAAGUCACAGGAUAUGGCCUUAAUGGCACAGGAGACACUAAUGACCUGUGGGUGAUUGAGGUGUGUGGGGGACGGAAGGGAGAUCUGGUCAAAGUGCUUCGCAGCAAAGUCCGCAUCCUGCAUCAGUCCACGGGCUGUGUCCUCUACUCCUCUGGAAAAACACUUCCCAAAUGGGGCUGGGAGCAGGUAGAGGUCUCCUGUAGUCCGUACCACAAGGACACCCCCAGUUCUCAGUGGAACAUCGAGGACCACAUCAACCCCAAACUGCCUAACAUCAGCCUUGCGGUGUUGAAGCCUUCCUUUCUGGAGAUCCUUCUGGAGUCGCAUAUCGUCAUGAUCAGGGGGAACAGUGGCCUGAAGCCCAAAGACAACGAGAUGAACUCUAAACCCUGGCACUGGCCCAUCAACUAUCAGGGUUUGAGGUUUUCAGGGGUGAAUGAGACUGACUAUCGCGUUUACCUGCUGGGUAACCCGGUCAUCUGGUGGCUCAACUUGCUCUGUUUGGGGCUGUAUGUUGUCAUGGCGUUUGUUGCAGCAGCAUCAAUUCAAAGAGGAUUCAAUCUGGAUUGCAAAAGAAGAGGGCACUGCAGCGUGCUGAUGGGGGGUGGAGGCAUGCUGUUCCUGGGCUGGCUCCUUCACUACCUGCCCUUCUACACUAUGGGCCGCAUCCUCUACUACCACCACUACUUCCCCGCCAUGCUCUUCAGUAGCAUGCUAACAGGUAUAACAUUGGACACUUUGCUGCAGAAUACAGACCUACUGUUCAAGCCAGCACUUGCUCAGCAUCUACAGAGGGGUGGCCAGACUCUACUCCUGUCUGCCAUCCUUUACAGUUUCUACCUGUUCCACCCUCUCUCCUACGGAAUGAGGGGCCCACUGGCUCAUGACCCUUCCAGCCCCAUGGCCAGACUCAGGUGGAUGGACUCCUGGGAGUUUUGACUCCGACGGAGAGAGAGAGAGAGAGAGAGAAUGAGUGCUUUUUCAACUGCACCAAGGACAGCCACAUGUUAGGAACAGCCCUUAUAACUGGAUCAAAGACGGUCAUUCAUGAACAGCUUUCAUAGCUGAACCAGAGAGAAGAGGCAGAGACAGUCAUUUGUCAGAGACAGUAUUCACAACUGCACUGGAGAGAGUCAUUUGUCAGACACCGUUUUCCCCAACUGGACUGGAGAAUCAUUUAUCAGAGACUGUUUUCCCAACUGGACUGGAAAUACUUGUUAGAGAGGGCUGUUCUAAUUGGACCAGGGAUAACCACUCUUCAAAGAGAGAGAGAUAGAGAGAGAGAGAGAGAGAGAGAAAGAAAGAGAAAGGGAGAGAUUGUUUAGCAACUUGGACCGGGAAUAGACACUCACAGACAAACCAUUAGGUCUCAUUUGCUGCUGAUGUUCUGUUCUGCUGUAGAUGACAGAAUGUGUGAUAAGUGUUCAAUAAGUAGAUUGCAAACAGAGUAUUUUUUUUAUAUACACAAAGGUCCGAAACAUAUCAUGUUACAGUCAUACAUAUUUUUCUGUCAGAAAUAUUUAUCAUGGAAAGAAAAGUAUUUUAUUGUAACUGACUAGGUAGUUGCACACUAAGACUUUGAUGUUGUUCAGUCACUGAGUCUUGUGGGAAAUGUUUUGUCCAGAUAUCAGUGUACCAGGUUCACACACUAAACUCAACUAAACUUAUUUUUAUUAGAACCGUGAAGCCUGAAAACAUAGUUUACUUUUACAUACUAGAACUGACAAAUUAACUGAAGUAUUUUUAUUGAUUUUUCUAAGUAUCCUUACAACAGUGCUGGUUCAUUUUGUGAUCAAAGCAGUCACAAUAACACCAAGUGCCUUCCACAUGGUACUGUAAACAUUGAAUGUGAAACAAUAAAUUAUAUGAUCUG